AUGGACUGCGCACCUCAAAUCACAAAUGCUGUUGAAACAGCCAUCCCCUUAUGCCAGAUCAUUUGGUGUGGCGUUCAUGUGUUGCGCGCUGUCAUGAGAAAGGCUGAAAAGUUUCAAGAUCGUUCCAACUUCGAAACUUUCUAUAACUUAAUGAAGUUAUUGGUCUUUGGUUCUGAAGAGGAAGAAAUUGAUCCUGAUGAAGUUUACAACAAUUUAGAAGAAAUUUUAAAUGAGGAACCUGCUGCCCGUGAAUACUUUGACCGACAGUGGCGCCAUCAUCUUGACAGGUGGAUGCUUCGCUAUAGAAAUGAAGGAGAUGGAACAAACAACAUCUCGGAAUCACAUUUCAAGGUUUUGAAGCACCAGUACUUCCCAGAAAGGCGAAAUCUUCGACUCGAUGAACUUGUCAUCGAGUUAUAUUCCAGUGUUGUUCCUUCAUUCCUGAUUAAGUUGCAAAUUAAAGGUCUGGAUUCAGAGAGAAGUGUUAAAGUUAUCAAAAAAGUCACAAGAGAUUUCGAAGAAAUGACACAAUUUAAAAAAGUCGAAUGCAUCAGUAUGCUUGAAGCUGUUCAGAAAGGUCUGAAAAAUGAUACACUUGAUCCCAACAUUGUUUACUCAACAUUAAAAAUAUUAUUGCAAAGAAAACAUUUGAUUUAA